UUUUUCGCUUGAAUAAAACCUUGGACAAUAUAAUUUUUUGAAAAAAAAAUUUAAAAAGCGCUGCUGAUGUGAAAUGGUUUUGUUUUCUAGUGGCGUACAUCUUUCGAUUAUUUUGGAAAUAAUCGAUUAAUAUUGCAAUUAAUCAAAAGGGCUUUCACGAUACAAUUAAACCGACAAGUGAAGGAAAAUAACCGAUUAAUAUUAAUUGUUCGAUUAAAGACAGCUUAGCCUCACAAAGUACUGUAACCUCGUCAUGCGUCUUAAAAAAAGGAAAGGAAUUUACUUCUGUGACAACCCCAAACUUAUUCUUUUCCACUAAAGAGCCUGACAAAUUUCUAUAGCUUCAAUAAUAGUAUAUAUAAAUUGGUGGCUAUACAUGAUAAUACUGAGGUAAAAAUAUCAGGGAAAGAAGUUCUUAAUUUACAUGACUUUUUUGAAACUCCUAUACGGUCAGGGAACCUGAAUACCAAAUGUUGCAUGGAAUUGGAGUUUUCUACCACUAGCGUUCAACAUUCAUUACAACAGAUAUCAAAAAUUAUAUAAUUUAAUAAUGAAUGCGUAAAUUUCUUUAUUCCUCUUAUCCAUUCCUAAUAAACGUUAAAGCGACAGACAUGGACUUUAAUAUCAGUUUUAGCAGUGCGACGAACGACACACCAAUAACAAGAAAAGAUCUUCAAAGUUUGGAAGAAAAAGUAUUAGAGCAGAUAAGGAAAUCCGAGAAAAAAAUUUUUAAAGAAAUAGAUCACAACCAAAAAUCAAUAAAGCGAAGCCUUACACGAAUUUUGCAAGAAAGAAAACAAAGGAAAUACAGCCACAAAACUUCAUGGAAUGAGAUUAUCCCCAAAACACCCUUUGGCAACAUUGAGGAUUUUAAAAAAUUUGAAAAGGAAAUUAAGGACCAUUCUUCCAAAUACGAAAGUCUGUCUGAAGAACUUUCGCAUAUAAUUUGUACGAGCGUGAAAAAUUUAUUAAAAUGGCUUGGCGUAAAAUUGUUACGGAUAACGCAGCACAAAAUUUAUGCUGGAAAGGGACAAACACCAAAGUGGCAGCAAGAAGUUUAAGCAUUACAGCAGCUUUAAAAAAUGUACUUUCCGUGAAAUUUCCCCAAUCCACAGACGACGAACUCGCACGAACCUUCAUUACCUUUUUCCAGCAUGCAAAAGGACGACUUCUAAAACGCACUGUAUAUCAAAGCAAUAGAAAUAGUAGUCUAGAAACCUAAAGACAACUUCAUACCAGGGCUCGAAAAUGCCAUUUUCGUAUACAUCCAUUUUGUCACCGAAAAUCACAUACAAAUGUGUAUAUAGUAUGUAUUGCUAGUUUUUGCUGAACAAUCCAAGCCCUGUAUAUAGUCAUUUUAAUUUUAAGUAAAAGUAAAAAAAAAAAACUGAAUUAUACCUGAGUUUAAGAAAACUAAGACUGAAUGAAUUAACAAUACUUUAUCCAUUUAUUUUAAUUAAAGUGCUUUAUAAUUUUAAAAAUGAACCUUCUACUUUUUCAAUUUUCUAAACUUGAGCUAAAACGGGGUAAAAAAUGGUAUUUAACCAUUCUAAUUUAAGUUAAGCUAUUGUAUUUGUACAUAUAUAUUUUGUCGAAAAUAUAGUUCAUGCUACAAUGAAAUCCACAUAACCUGAAGUUUUAAACCUUGUACAAGAUUUAUAAAAAUUCACCACAUUUUUUGAAAUCAAACGAAUUUUUAUAAAUCUUGUACAAGGUUGAAAACUUUAAGUUAUGUGGAUUUCGUUGUAAUAAAAAAAUUAAAAGAAAUAUAGAAAAAGUAAAUAGUCAAAAUUUUUAAAGACAA